AUGAAAAACUCUAGCAGUAAUCUACGCAGGAGGAGACUCAUGGAGGGCCGUGAACUACUCCAGAAGAAAUACAACAAAGCCCUGGCGAAAGCCAAGAGAGACGGCCCGAAGAGGUUCAGCAGCGAAGUCGAGAACCUGUCCGAGGCCUCCAGGCUAUUUAAAGUACUGGGGGGUCAGGGUGGCGCCAACCUAGGCUGUUUAAUAACGCCACAUGGCAGCUAUACCUGGACCCCGGAGGAAUCUCUUCGACUCCUGCUUGAGGAGCACUUUCCCGGCGCCAGAAGCACGGAAAGCGCGAAACAGAUCGCAAAGGAAACUGGAAGCCGGUAUAAGCCACAUGAUUGGGCUCUAGCAGCCAAAAUCGUGCACUCACAGGGACUAGAAUGGGCGAUCAAAUCCUUCGAACUCCUGAAAGCACCAGGACCAGAUGGUGUCUACCAGGUGUUACCAGAAAGGGGAAUGGAGAUCAUCCUGGGGUCUCUUACAAAAUUUCUGAGGGCCAGCGUAGCACUGAAAACUGUACCACGAGUAUGGGAGAAAUCAAAAAUAGUGUUCCUAUCCAAGCCCGGCCGAUACAGCUAUAUCAAGCCAAGAGACUCUCAACCUAUCAACCUAACCUCCUUUGAUUUAAAAACAAUGGAGAGGCUCAUGGACACAUACAUAAAAGCACAUUGCUCAUAG